ACACCUUCCGUUUCUCUCCAGCCUGAGAGGAGAGAGGAGAGGAGCUCUCACAGCGACGACUGGCAGGCAGCUUCAGGGAAGAAAAGAGAGGAGAAAAAACGAAAUACAAAGAGGAGAAAGAAGGGAUAAGUCAGGGAGGAGGGCAGUGGGUCGCAGUGUUCAGCUCGCUGAACGGGCAGGUGGAAGAAGUCACAGCAGAUCCACCAUCGCUCGCUGACGCUCUCAGUCUCGGACCUCUCAUCAAACUCGCCGUCAUUUUUCAUCUAAAUUCAUGCAUUUCAGGUCUGCAUAGUCAUUCAGUCCCUGUCCAGAAAACAGAAUGGAAAACGCGCACACUAAAUCCUCGUCAGAAGUUUUUAAACACUUCGACGUGAAUGAAAACAACGGACUGACUGCGGAACAAGUGAAGAGCAAUUUUGAGAAAUACGGACCGAACGAGCUCCCGGCGGAGGAAGGAAAGUCACUAUGGGAGUUGGUGGUAGAACAGUUCGAGGAUCUUCUGGUCAGGAUUCUUCUGCUCGCUGCCUGUGUGUCAUUCGUGCUGGCGCUGUUCGAGGAUGGAGAGGAGUCCACUACAGCUUUUGUGGAGCCCCUGGUCAUCCUGCUCAUCCUGGCUGCUAAUGCCAUCAUCGGAGUUUGGCAGGAGCGUAAUGCAGAAAAUGCCAUCGAGGCUCUGAAGGAGUACGAGCCAGAGAUGGGCAAAGUGUAUCGCAUGAACCGCAAAGGCGUGCAGAGGAUUAAGGCUCGCGACAUCGUUCCAGGAGACGUCGUGGAGGUGGCUGUUGGUGACAAGGUGCCUGCUGAUAUCCGAAUCGUCUCUAUAAAAUCCACUACUCUCCGAGUGGACCAAUCCAUCCUCACAGGCGAGUCUGUAUCCGUUAUCAAACACACUGAUCCCGUGCCUGAUCCUCGCGCCGUCAAUCAAGAUAAGAAAAAUAUGCUGUUUUCUGGCACCAAUAUCGCCUCGGGCCGCGCCAUCGGCGUGGUCGUGUGCACGGGCGUCUCCACCGAGAUCGGAAAGAUCCGUAACCAGAUGGCGAGCACCGAGCAGGAGAGGACGCCACUGCAGCAGAAGCUGGACGAGUUCGGCCAGCAGCUCUCCAAGGUCAUCUCGCUCAUCUGCAUCGCCGUGUGGCUCAUCAACAUCGGCCACUUCAACGACCCCGUGCACGGCGGCUCCUGGUUCCGAGGGGCCAUCUACUACUUCAAGAUAGCCGUGGCGCUCGCCGUGGCCGCCAUCCCGGAGGGCCUGCCCGCCGUCAUCACCACCUGUCUGGCCCUGGGCACGCGCCGCAUGGCUAAGAAGAACGCCAUCGUGCGCUCGCUGCCCUCUGUGGAGACGCUGGGCUGCACCUCGGUCAUCUGCUCCGACAAGACCGGAACCCUCACCACCAAUCAGAUGUCUGUGUGCAGGAUGUUUGUGGUUGAGAAAGCAGACAGCGGGGGUUGUUCCCGCCACGAGUUCUCCAUCACUGGAUCCACCUAUGCUCCCGAGGGUCAAGUGCUAAGAAAUAAUCAGCCUGUGAAUUGUGGAGAUUUUGAUGGCCUUGUGGAACUAGCCACUAUCUGCUCCAUGUGUAAUGACUCCUCGCUGGACUACAAUGAGUCUAAAGGUGUGUACGAGAAGGUGGGAGAAGCUACAGAAACAGCGCUCACCACUCUGGUUGAGAAGAUGAACGUCUUCAAGACCAACGUGUCCAGCCUGAGCAAAGUCGAACGAGCAGGAGCAUGCAACAUGGUUAUCAGGCAGCUGAUGAAGAAGGAGUUCACCCUGGAGUUUUCUCGUGACAGGAAGUCCAUGUCUGUGUACUGCACACCUAUCAAGACCGGCUCCCAGAGCAGAAUGUUUGUUAAGGGCGCCCCAGAGAGCGUAAUUGAGCGGUGCACACAUGUGCGAGUGGGCACAUCGAAGGUGGCUCUGACUGCGUCCAUGAAAGAAGAGCUGAUGGGGACGAUCAGAGAGUGGGGCAUGGGCAAGGACACAUUGCGCUGCCUGGCACUGGCCACAAGGGACUCACCACCCCGCAAGGAGGACAUGGACUUGGAGAACUCAACCAAGUUCUCAAAUUAUGAGUCGGAACUCACCUUUGUUGGAUGCGUGGGCAUGCUGGACCCACCAAGGAAGGAGGUGAUCGACUCUGUGAAGCUGUGCGGUGUCGCGGGCAUCCGCGUCAUCAUGAUCACCGGAGAUAACAAGGGUACGGCCGUGGCCAUCUGCAGGCGCAUUGGGAUCUUCGGUGAGAACGAGGACGUAGAAGGCAGGGCUUACACAGGCCGGGAGUUCGACGACCUUUCGCCCGACCGCCAACGAGAGGCUGUGAAGAAUGCCCGCUGUUUCGCUCGUGUUGAGCCUUCACACAAGUCCAAGAUCGUGGCUUAUCUGCAGUCCUUUGAUGAGAUCACAGCCAUGACUGGUGAUGGUGUGAAUGAUGCCCCUGCCCUGAAGAAGGCAGAAAUUGGGAUCGCCAUGGGCUCCGGUACAGCCGUGGCCAAGUCCGCCUCAGAAAUGGUGCUGUCCGACGACAACUUCUCCACCAUCGUGGCUGCAGUUGAAGAGGGCCGAGCCAUCUAUAACAACAUGAAGCAGUUCAUCCGCUACCUCAUCUCCUCCAACGUGGGCGAGGUUGUCUGUAUCUUCCUGACUGCAAUCUUGGGUCUUCCCGAGGCUCUUAUCCCAGUGCAGCUUCUGUGGGUGAACCUGGUGACAGACGGCCUGCCUGCCACAGCACUGGGCUUUAACCCCCCAGACCUGGACAUCAUGAUCAAGCCCCCUCGCAACCCCAAAGAGGCGCUCAUCUCCGGCUGGCUCUUCUUCAGAUACCUUGCCAUUGGCGGGUAUGUGGGACUGGGAACAGUGAGUGCUGCCACCUGGUGGUACGUGUAUGAUGAUGAAGGUCCACAUCUCACGUUUCACCAGCUGCGUCAUUUCAUGCAGUGUACUGAAGAAAACCCCAUGUUUGAGGGCAUCAGCUGUGAGGUGUUUGAGUCUCGCUACCCCACCACCAUGGCCCUGUCUGUGCUCGUCACUGUAGAGAUGUUCAACGCACUCAACAGUCUCUCAGAGAACCAGUCUCUGCUCAGAAUGCCUCCUUGGGUAAACAUCUGGCUUAUGGGAGCCAUUAUCCUCUCCUUGUCUCUACAUUUCCUCAUCCUGUAUGUGGAGCCCCUACCGCUGAUCUUUCAGGUGAUCCCGCUCAACUGUUCCCAGUGGAUGGUCGUCAUCAAGAUCUCGUUCCCUGUCAUCCUCCUGGAUGAGGCACUCAAGUACUUGUCCCGACACCAUUUAGAAGGUGAAGAGGAGGCGAGGUAUAUGAAGAGUCGGCAGCUGAAAUUCUAAGACAGCGCCUUCCAAAACACACACACACAACACACUUCCACUCUUCAUUUUCAAUUCCAGGCACCACUCACACACUGUUUCUUCAGAUCUUCAUGCCCAGCCACCACUAGAAACAAGACAAGCUGGGGGUUUUUUUUCCUCUUGUGUGUGUGUGUGUGUGUGUGUGUGUGUGUGUGUGUGUGUGUGUGUGUGUGUAUGUGUGUAUGUGUGUAUGUGUGUGAGUUCAUUAGGGACUUUAGCUGCUUCCUUUUGUGGCUUCAUGGCUUCCACUCAUUUGCUGUAGAUACUAGUGCAAUAACUAGAGCACAGAAAACUGAAUAAGCUCAAGGUGGGGUUUUCACGUCUGAAUAACAGAAGGACGUUUCAUUUCAUCCUGAGUCCUGAAUCCCUGAGUCCACAUGUGAGUCUGAGUGAGCGAGGACACCCCCCCCCCCCCCCCCCCCAUGUCAUGUGAUCAUCUUUAGCUAAUCAUUUUCAGCUUUAUUUUUAAUACAGAGUUUAUACAGAAUGUAUAAAAGACUGCAGUGAAUGUCAUGAUGUUUACAUAGAAGGUACAUUUCCACCAAGGCUCUGAAACCUGAUUGGUCCUUAACAAGCAGACCUGUAGUGUUCCAGAACUCUCAAAUCUAAAUGGAUCUUCUAAUCUACAGCUAACAGAACUAAAGGGUUCUGUCACUUUAAAAAAAAGGCUUUAAGCUUUUAGACACCCCCCCCAAACAAAGAACUUAAGAGCACAAUUCUGCAAAUCAAGCAUCUGUCCUAAACUA